AUGGAUGGGAAUGACAAGAAGUCGCGGUCCAAGGCUUUCAAGAUUGCUGUUUCUCAGCCAGGGACAUGUGUGGAAUCAGCAGCUAUGCAAGGGGGAGAACACAACCAGUUAGAAGUGGAGGAGGAGCAGAUUGAUGCGGUUGUGCUAACCAAAUUGCUUAGGAAGACAUUGAAGCAAGCAGAGUUGUUAAGUGUUGGCCCUGUUGACAAGAAAGACGGUGACAAAAAAGAGGGUCCAAAGAUGGAAUUAGUUCCCAUAAUGCAAUGGCCAUCCUAUAAUAAUUACCCCUAUUAUGUUGUACCUCAAUAUCAAUUUUAUGAAGUUAGAGAGCUUUAUCAAGGAGGCUGUUCCAUUAUGUGA